GGCUCCUGAGCCCCAGGCAGCGACCGGGCGCAGAGAGGCGCGCGCCGGGGUUGUGACGGCGCGGUGCCGGCCGCUGCGAGGGCCGCUGAGUGCACUAACCUUCCGUCGCGAAACUUCGAAGCCAGGGCGCGGGAGCCCGGGAAGCGCUCGGAGCCCCAGAACCUGAGGAGCGCAGAGAGGGGCGCGCGGGAGCUGGCUGGAGGGCGGGCUCUGGGCACCCACUGCGCUCCUAGCGCCGGGCAGCCCUCUGCGCAGCGUUGGCUGCCGCUGCCCCCACGGAGGGCACGGGCUGGCGCGGCCGGGCGCCGGGGAGGACGGCGAGGAGAAGGCGGCGGCGGCGGAGACGGCGGCGGCGAGGCUGGGGCCAGGGAGAGAGCCCCGGGGGAGAGGCGCCCGAGCCUGGCCGCGGGAGCAUGUGGGCCCGGAGUGGAGCGCGAGGUGCGCUGCUGCUGGCGCUGCUGCUCUGCUGGGACCCGAGGCUGAGCCAAGCAGGCACGGAUUCUGGCAGCGAGGUGCUCCCCGACUCCUUCCCGUCGGCGCCGGCUGAGCCCCUGCCCCACUUCCUCCAGGAACCCCAGGACGCCUACAUCGUGAAGAACAAGCCUGUGGAGCUGCGCUGCCGUGCCUUCCCCGCCACGCAGAUCUACUUCAAGUGCAACGGCGAGUGGGUCAGCCAGAAUGACCAUGUCACACAGGAGGGCCUGGAUGAGGCCACGGGCCUGCGGGUGCGGGAGGUCCAGAUCGAGGUGUCACGGCAGCAGGUGGAGGAGCUGUUCGGGUUGGAGGAUUACUGGUGCCAGUGUGUGGCCUGGAGCUCCGCCGGCACCACCAAGAGUCGCCGGGCCUAUGUCCGCAUCGCAUAUCUGCGCAAGAACUUCGAUCAGGAGCCUCUGGGCAAGGAAGUGCCCCUGGACCAGGAGGUUCUCCUACAGUGCCGCCCACCGGAGGGGGUGCCUGUGGCUGAGGUGGAGUGGCUGAAGAAUGAGGACAUCAUUGACCCCACCCAGGACACCAACUUCCUGCUCACCAUCGACCACAAUCUCAUCAUCCGCCAGGCCCGCCUGUCAGACACAGCCAACUACACCUGUGUGGCCAAGAACAUCGUAGCCAAACGCCGAAGCACCACCGCCGCCAUCACUGUCUAUGUGAACGGCGGCUGGUCCAGCUGGGCAGAGUGGUCACCCUGCUCCAACCGCUGUGGCCGUGGCUGGCAGAAGCGCACUCGGACCUGCACCAACCCGGCACCGCUCAAUGGAGGCGCCUUCUGUGAGGGUCAAGCCUUCCAAAAGACCGCCUGCACCACCGUGUGCCCAGUGGACGGAGCGUGGACGGAGUGGAGCAAGUGGUCAGCCUGCAGCACCGAGUGUGCCCACUGGCGCAGUCGCGAGUGCAUGGCGCCCCCGCCCCAGAACGGAGGCCGAGACUGCAGCGGGACCCUGCUCGACUCCAAGAACUGCACAGAUGGGCUCUGCGUGCAGAAUAAGAAAACUCUAAGUGACCCCAAAAGCCACCUGCUGGAAUCCUCGGGGGACGUGGCACUGUACGCGGGCCUUGUGGUAUCCGCCUUCGUUGUCGUGGGUGUCCUCAUCGUGGUGGGGGGGGUGGUGUACCGCCGCAACCGCCGGGACUUUGACACUGACAUCACUGACUCGUCUGCCGCCCUCACUGGUGGCUUCCAUCCCGUCAACUUCAAGACUGCAAGGCCCAACAAUCCACAGCUCCUGCACCCGUCGGCGCCUCCGGACCUCACUGCUAGUGCCGGCAUCUACCGCGGGCCCAUGUAUGCCCUGCAGGACUCAGCCGACAAGAUCCCCAUGACCAACUCACCCCUGCUGGACCCCCUGCCCAAUCUCAAGAUCAAGGUCUACAACUCCGGCACCACCGGCUCUGGGCCAGGCCUGCCGGAUGGGGCCGACUUGCUGGGUGUCCUGCCGCCCGGCGCAUACCCUGGCGAUUUCACCCGGGAUGCCCACUUGCUGCACCUACGCACUGCCAGCCUCGGCUCCCAGCAGCUCCUGGGCCUGCCCCGUGACCCAGGGAGCAGCGUCAGUGGCACUUUUGGCUGCCUGGGUGGGAGGCUCAGCAUCCCCGGCACAGGAGUCAGCCUGCUGGUGCCCAAUGGAGCCAUCCCCCAGGGCAAGUUCUAUGAGAUGUACCUCCUUAUCAACAAGGCAGAGAACACCCUCCCGCUUUCAGAAGGGACCCAGACAGUACUGAGCCCCUCGGUGACCUGUGGGCCCACGGGCCUCCUGCUGUGCCGCCCCGUCAUCCUUACCGUACCCCACUGUGCGGAAGUCAGCGCCGGCGACUGGAUCUUCCAGCUCAAGACCCAGGCCCACCAAGGCCACUGGGAGGAGGUGGUGACUCUGGACGAGGAGACACUGAACACCCCCUGCUACUGCCAGCUGGAGGCCAGGUCCUGCCACAUCCUGCUGGACCAGCUGGGCACCUACGUCUUCACGGGCGAGUCGUACUCCCGCUCGGCAGUCAAGCGGCUCCAGCUGGCCAUCUUCGCCCCCGCCCUCUGCACCUCCCUGGAGUACAGCCUCAGGGUCUAUUGCCUGGAGGACACACCCGUAGCCCUGAAGGAGGUGCUGGAGCUGGAGCGGACGCUGGGUGGCUAUCUGGUGGAGGAGCCCAAACCCCUGCUGUUUAAAGACAGUUAUCACAACCUGCGCCUGUCUCUGCAUGACAUCCCCCACGCCCACUGGAGAAGCAAGCUGCUGGCCAAGUACCAGGAGAUCCCCUUCUAUCACAUCUGGAGUGGCAGCCAGAAGGCCCUGCACAGCACCUUCACCCUGGAGAGGCACAGCCCGGCCUCCACGGAGCUCAGCUGCAAGAUCUGUGUGCGGCAGGUGGAAGGGGAAGGCCAGAUCUUCCAGCUGCACACCACACUGGCCGAGACACCUGCCGGCUCCCUGGACACCUUCUGCUCUGCCCCUGGCAGCACUGUCACCACCCAGCUGGGGCCAUAUGCCUUCAAGAUUCCACUGUCCAUCCGCCAAAAGAUCUGCAACAGCCUGGACGCCCCCAACUCACGGGGCAACGACUGGCGUCUUUUGGCACAGAAGCUCUCCAUGGACCGGUACCUGAACUACUUUGCCACCAAAGCGAGCCCCACAGGUGUGAUCCUGGACCUCUGGGAAGCUCUGCAGCAGGACGACGGGGACCUCAACAGCCUGGCGAGUGCCUUGGAAGAGAUGGGCAAGAGUGAGAUGCUGGUGGCCAUGGCCACUGAUGGGGACUGCUGAGCGGCUCCGGAACUGUGGGCUGGGAGGGCAGGCAGGAGGUGGGCACAGGGAGACCUGGGGCAGCCUCUUGAGAGGCGCUGGUGAGGCCUCUGCUGCCCCCUGGCUCACAGCCAGAGUCGUCCCCUCCUCCUCCCCUCGCCCGACUCCAGACCGCGACCAGCCUUAGCAAAUCCAUGUACUCUGUUGUCCUGAGGACCCCAGUGCUCCUUCUCCACCCCCUGCUG